UUGCAAGAACAAGAAAGACAAAUUUUCUUUACAUUUUGUUUUUAUUUGUCAUAGUCGUAGCCAUUGGAUAAAUGUUAUGAGAAAUGCUUUCGUUUGCGUUAUAACUAAUAAAUUCUAGGGCUGUACUCAUACCAGGGAAAGGUGGCUUUUCAUAUCAAGAUCUGUAUGUUAGAACGCCAAAGAAUAUCGAAAAGAAGUUAAACAUGCCUUUUCUCUUAAAAAACAUUUUCGUUACUUCGUUACCUUCAGGAGAGUAACGAAGUAACUAAAUUAAUCAGUUACUAGUUACUAGUAACGAGUAACUGCACUAGUUAUUUGGUUACUGGUAACGAGUAACUAAUCUAGUUACUAGUAAAGUAAAGGUAAAGUGCCACCCCUACACCUGAGAAAUAUAAACAAAACAAAAAUAAUCAUCAGAGUAAGACUUACAUAACUAAAAAACAAACCCAUAGAAGAACAUCUCAGAAAAUUCUGAGCAAAGAUACUUUCAUUUCCUUUUUCGUUGUACUAUCUCUGGUAUAAGUCUGAGCGUGUAAUCGGACGUGUGCUCCGCGUUUGGCAACAAGGUGAAAAAAGAGGGGAGGGGAGUAAAAAACCGACUUUGCUUCAAAAAUUAUUUUCGUUUCAUCCAGCUGUAGAGUUCAAGUUCACAUUUAUUUUGCAUAAGCAAGGACAUCACAAAGAAAGUAAACGUUUAACAACUUAUAGCAUCUAGUAAACAGAAGCCUUAGUGGUACCCGUAUAACUGUAGAGCUCAUCGAGUUGCCCAUAUCUCUAAAUUUUACUGAUGAUUGGGCUAAUUUUGAGUAUGAAAAUAAAUGUUUAAGUAUUCUAGACUAGACUCUUCGAUCAUUGUUUUUCAAAAGUUAGUACAUAGUUCUCUUAGACCUCUUACAUUGAAGCAAAUGUUGAAUGCGUCGGAUGUGACGAAAACCAUCUCAAACUGACUCAGAGAAAACAUAUAACGGCGUAACGGUGACUAACUGUCACGAUUUAAUGAGUGUUUUCUUAUUUCUUAAUUUUAUUUAGAAAUGAAUUUGUACAUCUGACAACAAAUUACUUAAUAAAUAAAAAUACUCAAGUUAUAUUUUUAUCCAGCUCAGCACCAAUGAGUUGUUUUUGGCUUCUUUAUCUUAUUAUUAUUAUUAUUAUUUCAUUUUUUGAUAACAUAUAACAAAACAAAAUAAAACCAUCAGAAACAUUUUAAAAUAUUAAGAAUGAAUGGGCUAGUUUAAAAUUAAUAAAGUAUGGCGCUCAUACAAGUAGAGAAACUACUACAGAAAGUGAUAAUCGUUCUGUUCCGUUGUUGUUUAAUAGGAACAAAAGUUCUUAAAGUUUUAAAGGUGUUUAUGGAAGAAAAUUAGAUUUUUCCAUGAAAUAGAUAAAACCAUUUUUCUCACUUAAUGGUCAUAAAGAAGCCACUACCAGCUAUACAACAGUUUUUUUAUAAAUAAAGAUCCUAUUCCACGUCAGCUUCAGUCAAAUGUGAUUUAACAUCUAUACUGCAGUGAUUCGGAUGGCAAUGAUGACUACAUAGGUAAAAUAGUGUGACAAACAUUUCGUCAUUUUGUUAAACAUGGUGGAUAAAAUUGACUGGUCACCCCUCCAAAUAAUGGUGAUGAUAAUGAUUAGGUAGUGAGUAGGCCUGUGUCAUGGUUACUUGUACUGCAGUUUCUCGAUAACGGGAACUGUUUUUCAGUUCGCGGUCAAUAAACUGGAAUGGUUUUUCAGUUUUCGUUCCUGAACUAGACGGUUCAACAGUUCACGUUUCUAGAAACGAGAAAUAGUUCAGCAGUUCCAGUUCAAGAAAAAAUAUUUAGAGUGUACUGAGAACUGUGUGGGUUAAAUUAAUUUUCAAAGGGGUUAACUUCACUCUACACCAAUUUUCAAAAUUUACCAUACAUUUCAGUCAAUAAGUCUCGUUUAUAUUAAACAAGACAUCUGUUCAUAGAUCAUCGUAUUUUUUUAGGUCAUCUGCAUGUAAAACGAAAAUAUCUUUUACUCGCUGAAAGACCGUACACCUUUCUGUAAUCGUGCACAAAAAUGUCAAAAGAUUUUUUAGUGCACGGAAAAUAGCAAACCUUGUACAAUUCCGGAAAAAACCGUGCACAUAAAACAUUUCCCCCUUCACUUCACUCUAUCUAGUAUAUAUAAUUUAUACUAUAUACAGUUUAGGAAUCCAUAUUUUAUAUUUAAAUCCAUAUUACAUAUUUAAAAUAGAAACUACAAGCUCAUUUUUCAAACUGAUAUCAUUUUUCAGAAUGGCUAGAAUAUGCCAUUUCCAAACUGAGAUCAUUUUUAUUUCUUUAAUUAUAAAAAGUGAUCUCAAUUAAGAAGCCUCAGCUCAAGUAUAUCAUACAGUUUCCGGUUCAAAAAGAACUGUAGUUCCCCUUCGUAGGAACUGGAACCAGUGAACCGUUCUUCGUUUCUAGAAACGUGACUUAUUGAAUCGUUUCUAGUUCAGGAACCGAAACUGAAAAACAGUUCUCGCUCAAAGAACGGGAACCGCAAACUGUCACAGGCCUAGUAGUGAGAGGUCUAGAUUCACAUAAUUAUUCAUUCUAUGAUGUCAUUGUAGGCACAAGACAACGUGUUAAAAUAUCGAGCUCGUUCGGUACCUUAUAACAUUGAAUUACACCGUUCUAUUCGUUUAAAAGAACGUAAUGCACCACUACCAGGUUUUCAAAUGAUUGAAGAACAUUUUGAUGGUAAUGAUUAA